AUGGUGAGUAGAGGAGGAGGAGGACGAGGAGGGCUACACCGCGCGGGCGCUGUACGACUACCAGGCCGCCGCGCCCGACGAGAUCAGCUUCGACCCCGACGACAUCAUCACCAACAUCGUCAUGAGGAGGAGGAGGACGAGGAGGGCUACACCGCGCGGGCGCUGUACGACUACCAGGCCGCCGCGCCCGACGAGAUCAGCUUCGACCCCGACGACAUCAUCACCAACAUCGUCAUGGAGGAGGAGGACGAGGAGGGCUACACCGCGCGGGCGCUGUACGACUACCAGGCCGCCGCGCCCGACGAGAUCAGCUUCGACCCCGACGACAUCAUCACCAACAUCGUCAUGAUCGACGAAGGCUGGUGGCAGGGCAUGUGUAAAGGCGCGUACGGACUGUUCCCCGCCAACUACGUCCAGCUGCAGGACAAGUGA